AUGCUCUCGGCGGUACUUCACGUGGCAGAAGGGUUCGAAGCGAGGUCGGUGCGAGAGUUGCUGUUCAAGCGCGUGCAGGAGACCCACGCUGCGCGCCAAGGUGCGGUAGACCUCAUGCUCAACUCGCCAGACGCAUUCAAGACGGCCCUAGCGUCCCACGAGCUAAGUGAAUCCCCCAAAGGACCGAAGCGAGAUGACGAGGGAGGGGAGUGGCCGGUGAGGGAGGCCAUCGGCAGCAUGAUGUGGGUGUCGACGUUCUCGCGUCCAGACGUCUCCUUCGCCGUGCGUGCGGUAUCGCGCCUCGCCCGCUCCCCGGCGAAGAGGCACUGGGAUGCCAUCCGGAAGAUCCUCGGCUACCUGAAGGAGACGAGGGACUUCGGCAUCACCUACCAACGGGGAUCGGGGUUUGGGCUGGCCGUGGACGUGGACGCUAGCUACGCCGACACGGAGGAUAGGCGUUCGGUAUCAGGGUUGGCGACGACGGUGGGAGAGACCAGUGGUAGCAGCAUCAAGCACAUUGCUGCCGGGGAGGGCUUCGAGGAGGCGUUGUUUGUGCGUACUGUGCUUUCGUUUGUUGCCCCAGAGACCAGUGGUAGCAGCAUCCAGGCCCUUGAGGACAACCAAGGGGCCAUGGCGUUGGUGCAGAACCCCCUCAGGUCAGGUCGCACGAAACACAUCGACGUGAGGUUUCAUUUCAUCCGCGUAUUGUUUAGGCCGGGGGAUAUUUCGGUCAAGUUUGUUCCGACAACGGAGCAACACGCGGACCUCCUUACCAAGGCCGAUAGCAGGGCCAGCCUGCAGUACCACCGGCGCAAGAUGAAUUUGCCGGAGUAG